UUGAAUAUGGUGUGAAGUGCCUCAUUUCCGCGCCAUCCCGCCGCUGACGAAGUCACGAAGCUGAGACCACGCGUUGCCGGCCGCUCUCAACAUGAGCAACUUCUUUUCAAAUUAUCGAGACUGGCUCAAAGUGGCAGACACAGCCUUACCUCAGAACAUAUUUGGCUAUCUCCUCCAACACUCUCUCGGUCCGUUUAGAGCAGAUCCAUUUACAAUACUCCCAUACGAUGACCCCAAAGAAAUCGCCAAAUGUGGAAAGAAUGGCACCAAGAGCUUUCUCCCUGGAAGCCUGUCUGAAAGGGAGGGUCCGCGGCCAGAGAUAAUCAAAUUCAUGGCCCCUCAUCGGCAGAUUUCUCAAUUGACUGGAGAUGACAUGCACCAGCUCCUAUUAAUGGCAGUUGAAGAGAUAGCGGCCAAGCAUUCGGCUCAUGUCGUAAUGAGAACUUCCGUUCUAGAAAAGUCUGGAGAAGCUCUAUUAGUCGCUGAUCACAUCACCACUCCUCACUCCAUUUGUGGGAAAACGAAGAGGGAAAUUGCUCACGUUCAUGCUGGUGUUGGGAGUGGAGAGUAUUCUAUGCACAUGUGCUUAAGUCCGAUGGAUUGUAAAGAGGUUAUCGCGAAGAAAUGGGGCGAGAGGAUGACCUUGGCGGGAGUUUUUGUACCUCAUGAGUAUUUGAUCAUCUAUACCCCGAGGACGAAAGAUGAACUUGAGGUAGUAAAGAGCAUUGUGACUGCUGCGAUUUUAUUUAUGACAGGAGCCCAGGAGAAUAUAUCUUGAGGAAAGAAGCUCACGGUGAUGUAGUCUGGGAUCAGAUGGAUGAAGAGAGCGAUGCCCGCCUCGGCAAAAUUUUGAGCUUCAUACAACAGAUAAUCUUUUUGCUUCGAGACGACGCUCUGCUGUCUUUCUGUACGAUGUGAAACCGGGUUCAAUAUGUUUUCAAUCGACUGUCUCAAAUCCCUGAAUCUAAUAACAUACACCCCCCCCCCCGGAAAUGCAGUGCGACCCACAAUCUAUCUAGAACUACCAGAUCUCAACGCCCUGAAGUGGUUAUCCCGUUAC